CUGACACUCUUAUUCCUAAUUGAAACAAUUAUCAGUUUCUUGGUAUCACAUGAUCACUUACUAUACAUUAACGCACUCGGGGGUGCGAAGCAUAGAUAUUAUAAUUAAAUAAUCAUUUUUGUACAGCCUUAAUAAAUUUUUAUGCUUUAAUUAAGAAAUAAAUAUGGCUUCCAUAUCAAAUAUACGUGAUCAAGAAAUUAAAGACAUUCCAAAUGAAAAAGUAUUUGCUGCGUUUAGCAGAGCAUACACAUUAACCGACUAUACCAUAAAUAAUACUCUUAAAAAAAGAUAUGAAUUUAGGAAAAACACCAUUUAUGAAGAUGAAACUCUGAAUUAUGAUGAAAAAAAUGAAGCAAUAAGGAUUUUAAGUAGACGUUAUGAAUAUGAUAAAAUCAUUUAUAAUGAAGGGGAAAGGAGAACUUGUGAAAAUUGUCAAAACGAAUGUUUAGCAACAUUAUAUUGUGAAUAUUGUAUAAGAAAUUAUUUAAGAACAAAAUUUAAUGAUUGGACAUCAGGAAAUGUUGAUAUUGAUAACUUAAUACAACAAUGUCAAUUAGAAUCAAUUGGUCCAAAUAAGAUAAUUGAAUGGGUUCCUUACAAUAAGUUAUUAAGCAUUGAAUACUUAACUAAGGGUGGUUUCUCUGAAAUCUAUUCAGCAUAUUGGGAAGAUGGUCAUUAUAAUGAAUGGAAUUCUGAAAAGCGACAAUUAGAAAGGUAUGGAAAAGAGAAAGUAGUUGUUAAAAGGUUGGAAAAUGUUAAGAAUGCCAAUAGAAGUUGGUUUGAGGAGGCAAAGUCGCAUUUAACUAUAAGUAAUAAAUGGGCUGGUAUCAUUCAAUGCUAUGGCCUAACUCAAGAUCCAUCAGAUGGAGAUUACAUGCUUGUAAUGUGUCACAUGAGUAUAGAUUUAAGAAAUCAUUUAAAACAAAAACAUAAUAUACUUACAUGGAAAAAAAAGAUUAAAAUUAUUGUCGAUAUAAUUGACGCACUUUCAGCAAUUCAUGUUGAAAAUGCAAUUCAUAGAGAUUUACAUUCAGGAAAUAUAUUAUAUUUAGAAGAUUAUGAUUAUUGGUACAUUAGUGACCUUGGAUUUUGUGGACCAGCUGAUAAACCAAUAAAAAGUACAUAUGGAAAUCUUCCUUACAUAGCACCUGAGGUCAUUGCAGGAAAAGAAUGUAGUUAUGCCUCUGAUAUAUAUAGUAUUGGUAUGCUAAUGUGGGAAAUUUCAUCUGGACAACCACCUUUUGCUAACUUUGAAAAUGAUUUUGAUCUUUUAAUAAGAAUUCUUCAUGGCAUGAGACCAAAAAUAAUAUCAGGGACUCCUUUAGAAUAUAUAAAAAUAAUGACACAAUGUUGGGAUGCUGAUCCAUUAAGAAGGCCUAAUGUUAAUAUGCUUCAUGGAAUGAUAAUGGAUCUUAGCAAGUUAAACAUUCUAAAUGAUAAAAAGAAUAAAAAAUUUCUUAAUCCUUUUACAUUCUUACAACCUAGUUCAAGAUCUAGCUCGAAAACAAAUUACACCACUUAUACGGAUAAAGAACAAGAAGGUAAUCAAAGUAGCCAAAGUAGCAGUAAAAAAAAACAGGAACAACCGAAAGAGACCGUUGGUGGUAUGUAG